UUGUACUGGGCACGCGUCAGACUACAGCCAGUCCGUUUCCUUUCUUUAGCCAGCCAUCCUGGUACUGUAGUUUAGGGGUUGAUGGUGGUUGAAAUUGAUUUCUGGCUGGUUACUAAGGUGCCUGCUAGCCAUUGUAUAAAAUUAAAACAUGAAGAAUAUUUUUUUUUGAGCAUGGCUAGUGGAUUUAAAACAACACAUACCUGUCACUGCUGGAGUCAAACUUAAAAAAGCCUUAAGUGGAAAGUGUUCCAGACGGAGACUCUGAGUUAAUAGAGGAGUAGAAGCUGGUGUUAAAGUUCCCACGACGCACAUGGCUUUGCCAGAAACUCUGUUUAAUGUUCGGCCUUUCACCUCUUCACUUAUCCUUAGUCCCAGUAGCCAGGAUACCUGAUGGCCACGUGUGCCUUGGCCACGGGAGGCUGCUGAGAUUGGCCACAUGGCUGGGCUGGGUGGUGGCCUCACUCUCCCACAGAGCUGGAAAUGGGGGAUGGGGGACAGAUUCUUAACGGAAAUUUUUUUACCUGACUUGCUAUGAAAAAACUCAUCACACAAGAAGAGAAACAGUAACCUCACUUUGAAAAUUAGCUCCACUCAAGACUAGUCCACGAAUGAGACCCGCCUUUUCUACAUGGGAUCCAAGGUCACGAGAAGCGGCCAGAGUGCCCUGCCCCCGCCGGCUCUGGUCUGCCAUUCGCCAGUGCAGGGAUCUGGCACGGAUCAGACGUGGCGAAUGGCAGCACAGCACGGUGGCCGGGUCUGCACACUGGUCUCUGCAGCCAGAUUUCUAUAUUGGAAGUUUUUUAAAAAGACAUUUCAUAGCCAACAAGAAUCAGUAGAAGUGCUGGGGGCAGCCGGGAAAGCUGCUGCCCACGGGCUCUGCCCCUUCCAGCUGGAGCCUCCGGUGCCUCCAGGGGCCAAGAGGAUGAUGCCGCGGCCUCCAUUCUCCUUUCUAUGCAGCCCCGUAGUCCAAGGACGCCCAGUCCACAUCUACCACAUAGCAAGUUUAGUAAGGGAAGGCAGCAUGCUUCACAGGGACAGUGGGUUUGGAUCUGUCCAGAACGGCAGUUUGUGGCUGUAGCCCAGCUCCAAGAGUGAUAUUUGCUCUGGUGGGUGAGGGUUUGAGGGGACAUUUCUCCACCUGUGCCCCUUCAUGUUCACGGAGGAGUUGUGCAGCUGAAGCUGCUCAGGCCAGGUGGGGAAGGGUGGAGGUGGGCCUGGUUGCCCCGUUAGGAAAUCACCACUAGUCAGGUGGGGCUGCGCCUGGUUGGACAGAUCAGGGUUCCCUUGAAAGCCCAGGCAGGGUGAGCGGUCCCAGUGGUCCUAGUGCUGCAUCUGAUCCAGGUCGGUGAGGGUAGGAGGCCCCUGCAGAGGCAGCGCGGAUCUGCCCACACAGAGGCUACUGGAAUGGUUUAACCCAGCAACUUUCCUUUUCAUAAAACAACAAAUGGUUCAACUCUGUCUGCAAAUUAACAGCUGAACACCUGCAACUGCAAAUGUUUUUUGAUCCAAGUACUGAAAUAGGAAAUCAUGCUCUUCCCACCCUCCACCCCACCAGAGUGGAAUCCGCUGCAAAAUCCCAGCCUUAAUUCUUGCUUCAGGACCCAGACCAGUGUCUUGCUCUAGGGCAGCCCAGGGCGGAGGGGCCAGGUCUGCCCAGCGUUUACCACUGCUGUCAAGCCACAGCCCUUGGCCACUGUACGGGCCAUCCUCAGUGAGGCAGCCCCGCCUAGGCCUCCACCAAGCUCUGGUCCCGAAGAGGCUGUGUGGGCCCUUCCUGUCCCUCCACAGGCCCUGCCUGCUGCCCACAGUGUGGAGGCCGCAGUGGGAAGGAGCCCUGGGGAGCCAGGCUUGGGGGGGCGAAGCCCAUGUUCGCUUCCUGACUUAGAGCUGGGGGGUGGGGGGAGGGCUUGUUCCCCUGCAGUAUCUGCUCUGUGAAGUUUGUUAAAUGUAAGGAAAGCUUAAAUUCUUGUAUCUUUAAAAGAGAAAAUCUUAUUUAACCCUUUUGUGUUCUAGAUUUACUUACACACAUAGCCUAGAGCUCAGUUUUAGUUUUAACAUUGUGAAAAUAUUAAAAGAAUCUUGUAACUUUAUUCUUUUUUCUCCUGCUGAAAAAAUUAAACCAAUCGUA